AUGUUCGCUUUGAUCGCAUCAUCAAUGAGCUCGUUUUUUCUCCCGGGAUUGUUUACAAGCUUGGUCACGAAUGGAAUGAAUUUAAAAGAUAACGCCAAGGGGAAAUUCAUCGAAACAUUUGGCCGACAAAAGCACUUGGCAAAUCUCAAGCUUUUCGAAGUAUCAUUUAGAGGUAGCCAACAAAAGCACUUCGAUGAAUUACCCCUUGAAAUUCGCUACUGCUUCAUCUAA